UCCUCAGGCUCACGCGGUGCCUUCAGGGUCUCCCUCUUUGCCAGCGACCCUCGAUCUGGCCUUGACUGCAACUCCUGUUCUAUUCUUCCACAGCGUCUUCGGGCCCAGGCUGGACAUGGCUUCGGCCACUAUGACAGCUGCAAGGAGAGCCCUCUGCCUAUCUGUCCCUCUUAUCCGGCGCGGUUACCAGACGGAGAGGGGCGUCUACGGUUACCGACCUAGGAAGGCCGAGAGCAGGGAGCCCCGAGGCGACCAUGCACGCCCCUCAGUUGACCAUGGCCUUGCCAGGCUGGUGACAGUAUAUUGUGAGCAUGGCCACAAAGCUGCCCAGAUCAACCCUCUCUUCCCUGGACAAGCCCUUCUGAAUACUGUGCCUGAAAUCCAAGCCCUUGUACAGACACUUCAGGGACCCUUCACUACCGCAGGCCUGUUGAACAUGGGCAAAGAAGAGGCUUCUCUUGAGGAAGUAUUAGCCUAUUUGAACCAUAUCUACUGCGGGCCAAUUUCUAUUGAAACCGCCCAGCUUCAGAGCCAGGAGGAGAAAGACUGGUUUGCCAGAAGGUUUGAGGAGCUGAAAAAGGAGACAUUUACCACAGAAGAGCGAAAACACCUGGCAAAACUAUUGCUAGAAUCUCAGGAGUUUGACCACUUUUUGGCCACCAAGUUUGCCACAGUGAAGAGAUAUGGAGGUGAAGGGGCCGAGAGCAUGAUGGGAUUUUUUCAUGAGUUACUGAAAUCGGCAGCCUAUGGCGGUAUAACUGAUAUCAUUAUUGGGAUGCCCCAUAGAGGGAGGCUGAACUUGUUGACAGGCCUCCUGCAGUUACCUCCAGAGCUGAUGUUCCGUAAAAUGCGAGGCUUAAGUGAAUUUCCAGAAAAUGUCUCAGCCAUUGGAGAUGUCCUGUCCCAUCUGACCUCUUCAGUGGACCUAGACUUUGGUGCUCACCGUCCACUCCAUGUGACGAUGCUGCCUAAUCCCUCACAUUUGGAAGCUGUUAACCCUGUGGCUGUAGGGAAAACUCGUGGCAGGCAGCAGUCUCGGGAAGAUGGUGACUACUCUCUACACAGUUCUGCUCAGCCUGGGGACAAAGUCAUUUGCCUCCAGGUUCAUGGUGAUGCUUCCUUCUGCGGUCAAGGGAUUGUUCUUGAAACAUUCACCCUCUCUAAUCUCCCACAUUUCAGAAUUGGUGGGAGUAUCCAUCUAAUAGUCAAUAACCAGCUGGGUUACACCACGCCAGCAGAAAGAGGGAGGUCUUCCUUAUACAGCAGUGAUGUUGGAAAGCUAGUAGGCUGUGCCAUCAUCCACGUCAAUGGAGACAGUCCAGAGGAAGUGGUCCGGGCCACACGCCUUGCUUUUGAAUAUCAGCGCCAGUUCCGAAAGGAUGUAAUUAUUGAUUUGUUAUGCUAUAGGCAGUGGGGUCAUAAUGAACUGGAUGAACCUUUCUUCACCAACCCAGUCAUGUACAAAAUCAUCAGAGCCCGAAAGAGCAUUCCUGACACCUAUGCAGAGCACCUCAUUGCCAGUGGACUCAUGACCCAGGAGGAGGUUUCUGACAUAAAAACCUCCUACUACAUCAAAUUAAACGACCACUUAACCAAUGUGGCCCACUACAGCCCCCCUGCCACUAACCUGAGGGCCCACUGGCAGGGCCUGGUACAGCCAGAAGCGCACAUCACCACCUGGGACACAGGUGUGCCUCUAGAACUCCUUCGCUUUGUUGGUGUGAAGUCUGUGGAGGUUCCAGAGGAACUACAGUUACAUAACCACCUUCUCAAGAUGUAUGUUCAGUCAAGAAUGGAGAAGGUGAAGAAUGGAACAAAUUUAGACUGGGCCACAGCAGAAACCCUUGCCUUGGGCUCCUUACUUGCUCAAGGUUUCAAUGUUCGUCUGAGUGGCCAAGAUGUUGGCCGUGGAACUUUUAGUCAAAGGCAUGCAAUGGUGGUUUGCCAGAACACAGAUGAUGCCUACAUUCCUCUGAACCAUAUGGACCCUAAUCAGAAGGGGUUUCUGGAGGUUAGCAACAGCCCCCUGUCAGAAGAGGCUGUCCUGGGGUUUGAAUACGGAAUGAGCAUUGAAAGUCCAAAGUUGCUGCCCCUCUGGGAAGCUCAGUUUGGUGAUUUCUUCAAUGGAGCCCAGAUCAUCUUUGACACAUUCAUCUCUGGAGGAGAGGCCAAGUGGCUUCUGCAGAGUGGCAUUGUCAUUCUCCUUCCACAUGGCUAUGAUGGGGCUGGACCUGACCACUCAUCUUGUCGAAUAGAGCGUUUCUUGCAGAUGUGUGAUAGUGCUGAAGAAGGGGUGGACAGUGACACUGUGAAUAUGUUCGUGGUACACCCGACUACUCCUGCUCAGUAUUUCCAUGUGCUUAGGCGACAAAUGAUCCGGAAUUUCAGAAAGCCUCUCAUCGUUGCUUCUCCCAAAGUGUUACUUAGGUACCCUGCAGCUGUGUCAACUCUUCAGGAAAUGGCCCCAGGAACAGCAUUCAAACCUGUCAUUGGUGAUUCAUCAGUAGAUCCAAAAAAUGUUAAAACCCUCAUAUUCUGCUGUGGCAAACACUUUUAUGCCCUGCUGAAGCAAAGAGAAUCUUUGGGGACCAAGAAGCAUGACUUUGCCAUCAUUCGAAUAGAGGAACUCUGCCCUUUCCCACUGGAUUCGUUACAGCAAGAGAUGAGCAAAUACAAACACGUUAAAGAUAUUAUUUGGAGUCAGGAGGAGCCUCAGAACAUGGGACCAUGGUGUUUUGUUUCUCCAAGGUUUGAAAAACAAUUGGCCUGUAAGCUCCGACUUGUGAGCCGGCCCCCUUUGCCGGCACCUGCAGUGGGAAUCGGCACAGUGCACCAGCAGCAGCAUGAAGACAUCCUCACCAAGACCUUCGCUUCAUGAUGUGCUUUGAGAAAACAGGGCAGCCUUUUGAGCAAAGUGCUGUAGAGGAAACCUUGCUUCCUCCCCUGUUUCUCCUUCCCCCUAGCUAUCCUGGAAGUCCGUGGAGUGACUGGGACAACUGACUCUGGAAUAAGUGAAGAAUAAGCGGGAAAACUGAUGUUAUGAGUAAUGAAACAAGAUAGUAGAUUUUAUGCUUUGCAGGACAAUAGUGUUUGUUAUGCUUUGAUUAUAUUUGAAUGAACUAGAAAAGGAGAUGACUAACCAUGUAUGGAGCUGUGUAUAGGCAAUGUAUAGGCAGCUCCAACACUACUAUUUAAUUAGUUUAAUGCACAUAACUUUUCUUAAUUUCCCCCUUUUUAGAGUCCUCUGAACAGCAUUUUUUUUAUAUCAUCUCUGAGCCACUCUUCGUAAUGUUCCACCUGAUAUCAGUAAAAUUGACCCUCCUGAUUUGUGUUCUUUCAGGGUUUAUCCAUUGUCUUUUACUUACAUUCUGUUAAAUACAAAUUUCUGAUUGUAUGAUCUUCUAGCCCUGUACUGAGACAGUGUCUCAUGUUGUCCAGAUUGGCCUCAUACCCACUAUGUAGCUGAGGAUUACCAACUUUGAACUUCUGAUCUUUUUGCCUCUACUUCCUGAGUGCUGGGACUAUUUACUUGUGCAACCAUGCCUGGUUAAUGCUGGUGAUGAUGAUCAAACCUACAGUCCCGGUCCUUAAUAAUCUUUCAAUUAUAAGGUGUUAGCUGUAUUAAAA